GCCGCCACCGCCGCUGCCGCCGCCGCCGUCGCCGCUGCAGCUCUAGCAUCCGGGAGCCGCCGCCGCUGUCGCCGCUACUGCCACUAGCGCUGCUUCCACCACUGCCUCCUGCACUACCAGGACCUCGAAACACCAGGAGCGUGAGCGGCGGCUGCUGCUUGCUUGCUCCCCGUCUCCCCAACCCCUCCCCUCGGUGACCUACCCACUCCUUGCAGCCCUCGCCUGCACCUUCUCCGACACCCCGGCAUCCCUGCACCACCUGCUCCUUUAGCCCGGCCAGGCGCUGGGACUUGCAGAGCGCACGGAGAAGGCGAGCACCAAACCUGUGCCUGCCAGACGGGCUGUCGCGGCUGCACCACCAGCAGGAGGAGAAGAAACUAUUUCGCCCACAGAAACCAGGUUCUGCGGGUGCUUCGCCGCUGUCGCUUCUGCUGCCGCCGCUCGGCGGUUCAAACACCACAGCGGCGGGGACGGUGGGUCCGGGGGGCGCCUCGAGGAGGACACCGGCGGAGCCCUGCACUCGUGUGUCCCACUCACCAGCAUCUCCUUGCCCUCCUCGUUACUCCCCCAGCCCUUUAGAGAAGGGACCAUGAUUUGGAAACGCAGCGCCGUUCUCCGCUUCUACAGUAUCUGCGGGCUCCUGCUACAAGCGGCUGCUUCCAAGAAUAAAGUUAAAGGCAGCCAGGGGCAGUUUCCACUAACACAGAAUGUAACGGUUGUUGAAGGCGGAACUGCAAUUUUGACCUGCAGGGUUGAUCAAAAUGAUAACACCUCCCUCCAGUGGUCAAAUCCAGCUCAACAGACUCUGUACUUUGAUGACAAGAAAGCUUUAAGGGACAAUAGGAUCGAGCUGGUUCGCGCUUCCUGGCAUGAAUUGAGUAUCAGCGUCAGUGAUGUGUCACUCUCUGAUGAAGGACAGUACACUUGCUCUUUAUUUACCAUGCCUGUCAAGACUUCCAAGGCCUAUCUCACUGUUCUGGGUGUUCCUGAGAAACCACAAAUCAGUGGAUUUUCAUCACCAGUUAUGGAAGGAGACUUGAUGCAACUGACUUGUAAAACAUCUGGUAGUAAACCUGCAGCUGAUAUAAGAUGGUUCAAAAAUGACAAAGAGAUUAAAGAUGUAAAAUAUUUAAAAGAAGAGGAUGCAAAUCACAAGACUUUCACAGUCAGCAGCACACUGGAUUUCCGAGUGGACCGGAGUGAUGACGGUGUGGCCGUAAUCUGCAGAGUCGACCACGAAUCCCUCAAUGCCACCCCUCAGGUAGCCAUGCAGGUGCUAGAAAUACACUAUACACCAUCAGUUAAGAUUAUUCCAUCCACUCCUUUUCCACAAGAAGGACAGCCUUUAAUUUUGACCUGUGAAUCCAAAGGAAAACCACUGCCAGAACCUGUUUUGUGGACAAAAGAUGGUGGAGAAUUGCCAGAUCCUGACCGAAUGGUUGUGAGUGGAAGGGAGCUAAACAUUCUUUUCCUGAACAAAACGGAUAACGGUACAUAUCGAUGUGAAGCCACAAACACCAUUGGCCAAAGUAGCGCAGAGUAUGUUCUCAUUGUACACGAUGUUCCCAACACUUUGCUUCCCACUACUAUCAUCCCCUCCCUUACCACUGCAACAGUUACAACCACUGUAGCCAUAACAACCAGCCCAACCACAUCUGCAACAACCAGCAGCAUAAGAGAUCCCAAUGCUCUGGCUGGCCAGACUGGCCCUGAUCAUGCUCUAAUAGGAGGAAUAGUGGCUGUAGUUGUCUUUGUCACACUGUGUUCUAUAUUCCUGCUUGGUCGAUACCUGGCAAGACAUAAAGGAACAUAUUUAACAAAUGAAGCUAAAGGAGCUGAAGAUGCACCGGAUGCUGACACAGCCAUUAUCAAUGCUGAAGGCAGCCAAGUUAACGCUGAAGAGAAAAAAGAAUAUUUUAUUUAAAUGCAGCCCAAGAUUCUGAAUUUUACUUACCAGGCUGGCUGCUGGAGAAAACUGGCUCUCAUCUUUCAGAAUUCAUUUCUACCAUCUUCUGCUACCUUUAUUAACUUCCAUACUGUACUUCUAUCAGUAGCCAGUGUAUACCAACAAUCAGCUGUUGAAAGCAUCAUUCUUUAAUUACUAUACCAUCCAUAAUGCAGGACAUUUCUUACUGCCUAAAUUUCACACCAUUGCUCUUUUAACAUACAGUGCUUGAAUAUACAGCCUUAACAAUGUUAAUCAUCUCCUUGGAUCAUGAUAUUGAGUUGUUUCCACUCAUUAAAAAAUGGUAUGCAGGAUCCCCCUCACACCCAUUUCUUCCCCCUUUUAAUCAUAGACUAUAUCAGUUUGCCAUUGGACAGCUUUUACAAGUAACAAGAUUAGGUGAAGACCUAAUGAGCUUAAGUUUAAUCAAAGAUUAGAGGUUUACAAGCAAUGUUUUCUACAGGUCUAUCUUUAGAAACAACAUGUUUUGGAAACACACGCCCUAGAAAACACAAACUAAAGGCACUGUAGUGUAGUUUUUGGAACGUAUGAGAUUAUAGUGGUAAAGCUGUAUCAAUUUGCUAUUUAAAAAUAUAGGAUUUGAUACAGAAGCUUUGUGUAUGGAUUGCAAUCAUGACAUUUUAUACAGUUAUAUAUACCCUAUUAUUAGGUUAUUGUAGUUUUAUUUACAAAUAAAUUGUUCCAAACAUUUUACUGCUUUGGGAACCACAAAGAUUUCAUUCAUUUCUCUAAUUUGAUUCUGUAAUUUAUUUGCUCCAUAAAGACUCACCUGCCUAAAUAAAAUUGAAGUAUUCAUAGGGCACAAUUUUGAGACAUUUUAGUAUCUGUAUAUAGUGCAUAUGAUAAAUCCAAUUAAACAUUAUUUGAUACAUAUUUAACUUUUUUGGCUGUAGGUAAUUCAGUCAUAAGUAAGCAUUUUCUAAUGUCCAUUAUAUCCCUUUAGAUAUUACUUAAACCAAUAUUAUAAGUAGAUAACAUGUGUUAGUAUUUUUGUCUGUAUGUCCUAGCACUGUUCAACAACAAAUUUUUCUAGUUCUUGUUUUUAUUUGUUAUACAAUGGAAGCACAAUGUUAUAAGGAAAGGUAAUUUUAAGCUAACAACCAGUGCACAGCCUCAGGUUUUAAAUUACAACCACAGUUGAAUAAUAACCUAAAAAUAAACUCAGUUUGCUAAAAAUUUACAAAUUUUAAUUUGGCAGUUCCAGAGCUGCUUACCUAUGUUGAUUUGCCAAAAAGAAUUGUUAAAGAUAUGUUUCUGUAUAAAAAACUAAUUCUUUAUAUUAAAUUCCUGUCUAUGCAUUUUGUGAGGUACAAAGUUAUGAAACAGUGAGUGAUAGAGAAUUUCUGCCAUGCUUUUAACUCCACGGUGAAAGUCUCUUUCUCUGGAUUAUUUCUGAAACUUUGGUGUAUUUAACCAUUAAGAAAUGCCGUAUUCUUAAAUAUGACAUAGAAUCAAUCUAAAGUCUUAUUAUUUCUUCUAGUAAACAACGUUAGAUUAGUUCUCAUAAAAUUUAUUAUAUGCUAAAGAAUAAAAAUCCAAUUAGAUAAAAUUAUUUUCCCAUUCACAAGCAUUGCACCUUUAAGAAGAAAACAAAUGUGAUUAUAUGGUAGCUAUACUUGUGAUAUCUGAAGCAUAAUGGCCUAUGGUUUUAAAAAUAUCUUGGAAUUUAUUUUGGGGGUAUAAGAAUGGUUGAGUACGACAUCAUGUAUUAAAAUCAAAUGAAAGACAAGGGUGCUGUAUCUUAGAUUAUUUAUCAGAAAAGUAUAAAUCUUUUAAGGACAAUGUAGGAAUUUUUAAAUUGUUUUUUUUGUUGAAGCAUUUAUCUUGUUGAUUUCUUACAAAAGAAAAAGGACGAUGUCAGUCAAGCAACACUUUUUCAGAAUAUACAGAACAUAAAUAAUAUGAUGUGGUUGAGUGUUAACAUAAUAAAUCUUAUACAGUAUGACAUUUUAAGGAAAUAAGUCUGCAUUGAUGUGAUUGCAUGCUUGUUUUUACAGUUCACUCCAUACCAUCUGUGGAAAAAUGCAAUAAUACGUUAAUAUAGUAUGGUAGUUUGAGAGAAUCAGGUAGGUGCUACUAGACACAUUGAAACUAGAAUAGGUUAUAAACUGUUCAUAUCUUUUAAUGCAUACUCUUUAGAAAGACUCUACAAAGCAAAUUUCAUCCUGUUAGAACAAAAUGGAAAGGUUCUUACUACAGAAGCAAGUAGUAUAAACUGCAUCAUCAAUUACUAUUUAAGGCCUAAUUUCAGGAUGCACUUACAAAAUUGCUACUCUUCAUUGAUGCUAUGUUUACAUCCCUCUUCAUUUUGUCUGUAUUCUACUUGGCUCCAACUGCUAAAUUGUUACUUAAAUAACUCAAUCAUUAUUUAUAGCAUUGUAAAAUUAGGAAUCCAAAAUUGGUUGCAUAUAAAGAUUUUUGUCUCUUUUAACCCUUCAAAGGAAUAUAAAAACUCAUUAGGACUCUUAUGACUUUAGCUGGACUAUUCUAAUUUAUGGGCUCUGAUCAAAUGUACACUAUAGAUAGAUUUGAAUUAUAUAUAAUUUGCUGUUACUUAAAGAAAAAGGCUAGCAAUGGAAUUAUAUUUCCUAUCUUUAAAAAUUAUUUUAUUUUCACCAACCAAGGAAAUAUAUUAUAAAAACUCUGUUCAUUUAUGUCUCCAAAUCACAAACAAAAAUUUACAUUUCUAAAUGGGAACCAUGUCAAUUAAAAUAUAUGAAUCAUGCACACUUGUGUACACAUAGAGUCAAAUUCUGUCUAUGCUAAGUGAGCACAGUAGCUACGGAACUCAAUGGAAAGAGUGCACACACACAUACACACACCUAGUAGAAUAUGGAAAAUUAUUCGUUACCCAAAGUAGCUAUUCUCUGCCAGUGUACGGUUUACAGUGUGAAUUGAUUGUCCUCCAUCAAAAAAAUUGUAAACAUCAUUAUUCUUUUCUUUUUUCCAUUUUCAAAUGUCCUAGAAAGAAUGAUUGUCACAACCAGGAAGAAAAAGGAAAGUUUGUGAGUGCAAGAACACAGAUAGAGAGCAUGAGCAGAGUAUUCAUGGUGUGUGUAAGUGUGUUUUUGUCUGUGUGUGUGAAAGACAGAGAAAGAGAGAGAGAGAAAGAGAGAGGUAUUUCAAGUUGUUUUCUUUUACCAGUGAACUCAAGAAGCAGUUUAAGGAACCUGAUAUCGAAGUUUAAUCUAGAAACUGGAUGAUCUCAUUGAUUCAAGAUGCUUAAUCUUGCACUGAAACACAACAAUUAAAUAAAUAGAGAAAGAACACUAACUUUCCUAAAUAUGGCAAAGCUACCACCUCAUUUAUUUUUAUUUAUCUGUAAAAAUAUAAAUAUCUCAAUUAAAGGAAAGGACAGGCUCACUUGUAAUUAUGUACUCACGAUUGUAACAGCAUUGAGAUUCCAUGUAAGCACGUGUACAGCAGCUCUCUGACGGUGAUGGUUCUUCCAUGUAACAUAGCAGUUAUCGUGUAGUUUAGUGCCACUUAUUGCAAAGUGUUACCAAGGGGAACAUUUACAAUUUCCUUUUCCUUUUUUCUUUGGAUGUAAAGAUAAUUUAAUGGAUGAUAAAUAUGAAAUUCCACACUACCUUUUUAAUUCUGGAGGAAAUACAAAUAUAAAAAAACAAAAAAGUGGAACUUCCCCUUUGUAUUGCUAACUACUUAGAGCCCUCUAAAAUUGCCCAAUAUUCUCCCUGUUAGCAAAUAGUAAUCUGUUGAAUAUACCUAAAUCAAACAAAACAUCAAUCCCAGCUAAAAUAAAUGAUACACCUGAUAAGAAUUACUGAUGAGUAAUGCUUUUUAUUAAGUGGCACAAAGUACACACUAAAAACUAUGCAAAAAUAUAGGUAACUACAGUGUACUUACAUGUAAGUAUCUUGUACUUGCUUUGUAUGGAUGUUGGAAACCCAUGUAAUUAUAAUAUGCAUUUUGAAUAUUGGGAAAGAGGAAAUGUUAGUGUAGAUAUAAGAAUUUGUUUUGAAAUGUACACCGGCAAUAUAGAAAUAUACUCAGUGCAAUAUCUGCAAUACUAUUGCUGGGAUACUUCAUGCAAAGGGAAUUUGAAGAAUUCUUCAACAAGAUCAAAAUGUUACUAAUCUUCAUUGCCCACAUACUAAAGCACUGAUUAAAAAUUAUAACUGGCUCAACAACAAAAUAAGAAAUUCUUAUUUAAAGACUAAUGUGAUACGAUAAAAUUAUCAUUUGGUUUAAUAUUUUAGCAUUACUGAAGAGAAAUAACCGAAGUUUUAAAUUUUGACUCAUCUAAUUGAAUUUGGCAUUCUUAAACUUUCUUUGAAAUGUGUGUAUUUUUUUAAUGGAUUGUAUUACUUUUAUUAUAAGUACAAACUUCCUCAAUCAUAGAACAUAGGAUAUCUUUAAUAGUUAAAGUCACUUUUUCUUUGAAAUAUGUGUAUUCUUUAAUGGAUUCAAUUACUUUUAUUAUAAGUACAAACAUCUUCAAUCAUAGAACAUAGGGUAUCUUUAAUAGUUAACAUCAUUUUUUCCUAGUGGAAAUAUUUUAUAUUUUGUUUUCUUCUCCUUUCUUUUUUUUCUUUCUCCCCCUAUUCCACCCAAACAUGCCCUUUGCACUUAUACCCUUCCAAAGGCAACGGAUUGAAAGUAGCAACGUAAUAAAGAAAGUUAAAGGGGACAAAAUAUAACAAUGGGUUCUAAACUCAUUUUAUCAGCAUUUUUAUGUAUCAAGAUUAAUAUUGAAUGCAAUAGUUAUUGGAUAGAGCUGGUAAGUUCUCUGCCAUGCAUACUUACAAUAAUCCUUCUACCUCUCACUUUUAACAUGGGCUAUGAUACUUCAAUAUAAAUAGAGGAAAUAAUUAUUUACAGGAUAUCCCAGGCAGCAUUCUUUGGGGACUGUCGUGACAGUACCUUCUGCAUUCCCUGGGAAAUCUCAAAAGCCAACUUCCUUUAGUGUAUUCAACAGUGUCUGGAUCUGUAUUUGUUUUUCCUUUUCUAUCAUUACCUUUUCUUAUAGGCAAAAUAAGAUAACUUUAUAAACAUAGAUCUUUUCACGCCUAUUUAAUAUUUCAAUGUAAUAUAAUUGUGUUGACUUUUAAAACUAAUUUAAAUGGCAACACUUUGCAAUCCAACCUGAUAUUUUAUUUAUUUUUAAAAAUGUGAAAAUUCCUUAUAAAUGAAUUCUGUGUUUAUAAGUAAAAAUCAUGCAUAUGAUUUAUUUUCCCAAGAAGUGUUAUCUAUGUAGACAGAAUUUUAAGUAUUUCAAAACUGCCUCCUUGUUAACAAACAAUCCCUGAACACUGCAAAGUAUUGCCUCAAAUGCCCACUUUUUUGUCUACAUAGGUGUAAAGUGAACUUUUUUAAUGAUGUAAUUUAGUUAUCCUAAAAGGAAAUGGCAUUUUAGAAGCAGAGUUUCCUCUAGGAAAAAAAAAGAUACAUGAAAAUUGUGAUGGUGAAUUUAUAAACUAUGAUUACAGUUAACGUAAGAUGUUUCUAUUAUGUGGUUAUGUUACAAAUAAUAUUUGGUCCAAUCUUUACCAUCUUUUCCAUAUAUAUUAGUCAAAAGAAAAGUAUAAUUAUUUAGGAGAGAAUGGGCCCAAAUGUGAAAACUAUGUAAAGAAAAAGACUAUUUUCCCCUAUAAAAUACACUCUAUAUUUCAAAAGAAAACAAGUUAAAAGACAUUUGAAGAUUGCAGGGGCAAAAGAAAAACCCACCAGGGCUCAGCACUUAAGCACUUUUCCCACAUCCAGGGUCAGAGCAGCAGCGAUUCCCACACGGACUUUCAAGUGCGGUAUGAAAUGCAGCAUUACACUUAUCUUACACACAGUACUGUCAAACCUCAAAUGCUUUCUUUCUCCAAAUGCUUUUCCUUGUACACGAUACUAGCAGACAUUUUUGUCUUUAUACUUGCUAAUAGUGAAAGUUAAACGCAAUAAAAUAUUUGAUGGCUGAAAAUAGUGGUCACCAAUUGGUUGGGGAAAAAAAACUAUGAAGUGUAAACUGAAUUGUUAUAUCUUUAUUCUUUUUGCUUUUUUUCUGUGUUUCUAAUGUAUUGAAUGAUGCUCAUAAAAUAGAAAGAAAAAUAUUUUAGAACUUUUUCAAAACUAGUACUCUUUCUCCUUACAAAUGUAAAAAAAGUUUAAUCUCUUUGCAAAUUCAUUUAACUGUACCUGCUGUACUUAUUGUAGAUUCAAUGAUGCAGUUAAGUGGUCACCCAAGGAUUUAUGGGUUUGGGAUUUACUGACUUAUUUUCUUCAUAUUUAGUUCACAUCAAUAUUUGUGAAUUGGUUGUUUAGCUUUUCAUUCAACCAAAAGAUGUUCCCUCAAGAAAGCUCCAUUUUUAUCAUAAAUAUUUCAACGUAACCAACAUUGGAACAAGUCUGCUGUGUUGAAAAGAAUUUAAGACUUAUCUCUGAAAAUGGUACCCAGAAAUGCAGGUGUUCCCCAUCAUGUAGUUUCAAAAAUAAAAUAUUCUAUUUAUAUGACAUGAAAUUCAUAACUUUUGGAAGGGUAUAUUUAUGACAGCAUAAAAAUAAAUUCUGUGCUAUAAAAGUGAUCCACUGAAAUUAAGCCUAUUGCACAGAAGAUAAAAAAACACAAUUAUUGAAUCUACUUUUGUCGUUAAUAUUUUCAAGAAACAAAAUGCAUAUUGUAAUAUUAGGUACAUGACACUUGCAUGUUGAUAUGCCUAUAUACUUACAAAGUAUUCAAUGUGUACUUAGUGACUCUUAAAAUAUGUCAUGUACAACUCUUAUAAACAUUCUUACAGGGUUCCCAUUUGCACUUCAUCUUUCAGUAAAGUCUUGUCAGAAAAAAAAUGUCUGAUAAAUAUUGAAAAAAUAAAAUUUGAAUUUUAGUUCUCUGUUGGACAUUACUGAAUUGUCUAUUCAUUUAGUUGAUUUUCUUAGGCUUUUAGCAGACAUUGAAAGAUGGAACUUUCUUUUCCCAUUGACAGGUUAUAAAAUAUUUUACAAAAACAUAAUUUUGAGUACUUUCAUUCAACUGCAUGUAUUAUCCAUUGAUUUUAGAAUUCUUCAAUGAUGCCCAUUUUUCUUGUAAAUUUCCAAAUGAAGUUUGAAAAAUUAAUCAAUGGUAAAAUAAAUGUUGUCUUAUUUGUACAAUAUUUAACCAUUACUCUUUGGAAUAUAUGAACCUUGUAAUAUGCUGACUAAGGGUAAAAUAUGUUGCUGUCAUAGAGAAAUUUGCUUGAAAAUGCCAACAUUUCAAAACUCUAAAAGGUGAUUUUGCAUUUACUUAUGUGCAUUUACUAAGGUUGACUAGGAACAGAAACAAAAAUACCUAAACCUAUUUUUUUUUUAAUUUUCACACUCCAACCAAUAUUAUAUAUUCCAACUACCUAAGAUAAUGCAAUUAAUAAUAUAUACAUCCUAAGUUUAUGCCAAUAAGGAUUUGAGAUAAGCUUUUAAAUUUAUGGAGAAUUUUCUUUGUGUCUUUGGAAGUUCACUUACCAUAAAGUAUUUUGUAGUCUACUUUAAAGAACAGAUUUUGUUAUACAGGGUAAGCCAAAGGCUGUUCAAGAAUUAGUGUCAUUGGGUCUGAUAUUUGUGUUAGACCAUGAAAUAUUCCAUUAAAAUUUAUCUGUAAAUACAA